AUGGGUAAUGGUCUUAGAGAUUUACACAAUUCAAAUAUUAUCCAUCAAGAUUACCACAGUGGAAAUAUUUUUAGUAAAGAAUCAAAAGGUACAUCUGCUGCAAUAACGGGUGAUUUUGGAAUAAGUAAAUCUGCAAUUGAAUCAUCAGAUGAUGAGGUUUAUGGAAUCAUUCCUUAUGUUGCUCCAGAGGUUUUUCAAGGACAAAAAUAUACUAAAGCUUCAGAUAUAUAUAGUUUUGGUAUGAUUAUGUGGGAAUUAAUGACAGGUAGAAGGCCAUUUUGGGAUAAAAGUCAUGAUACAGAUCUUAUUAUUGAAAUAUGUGAUGGUCUUCGUCCUCCAAUUGUCACAAAUGCACCUGAAGGUUAUAUUGAAUUAAUGCAAAAUUGUUGGCAUUCCGAUCCAAAUAAAAGACCAACUGCCGAUGAUAUUUGGAUGAAAUUUUGUUAUGUUACUAGUAAAUUGUAUUAUGGGAAGGAACGUUACAAUCAAACUAAAAUUAUAAAUUCACCGGAUAUCGGGCCUAUAACAAAUAAUCCAGGUGCUAUAUAUAAAAGUAGACCUUUAAGUACAAUGAUAAAAUCUGUAAAACUUACAAAAAGCUUAAAAAUCCAAAGUACUAUCCAAGAACUUGGCAAAAGAAAAUUUAACAAUAAUCUGAUUGAAAAUGAUAAUGAAGAUAAUAGUGUUAAAAAAUUUAAAUUAUGUGAAGAUAAACGCGAUGAUUACUUAUCAAAAGAACUUAAAUUUGAUAUUAACGAUAAUAUAAAUUCUAAUAAACCUAACAUUAAU